CAGGACAAUGCAUACAUAGAUUACAGCUAAUGAGACAACUAUAAUGAAAAGUCCGUGUAAUACCGAUUUGGAAAUAUUUGUAGUGAAGAACGUAACUUACAACUUUUAGACAUACAUAUUACAUACAUUAUUAAAUUGCGAUACAUUAUUUUAAUUACAACAAUUUUAUAAUAACGACAAGAACUAUUUGAGAAUGCCAAGUCCCCAUGUAGUAAAGCACGUAAUAAAAUUACGUAAGCAAAUAGGAUUACUGGAAGCAACGUCGAUAACGGUUGGAUCUAUUAUCGGUUCCGGAAUUUUCAUAUCUCCAAAGGGUGUAAUUGACAACGCCGGUUCAGUCGGACUUUCUCUGCUCUUGUGGAUUCUGUGCGGACUCCAAGCUGGUCUGGGAGCAAUUUGCUAUGCAGAGUUAGGAACCUCUCUGCCUGGGUCAGGUGGCGAUUAUCAUUAUCUAAACAAAGCAUUCGGAAAUCUUCCAGCUUUCACCUUCCUCUGGGUCUCCAACAUAAUUUUACUACCGGCCAGCAAUGCGGUCAUGUCCCUGACGUUUGCCCAUUAUACCUUUGCGUCGUUUUUUAACGAAGAUUGCAAAAUACCACAAUUUGGAGUCCAGCUCUUGGCAUGUUGUGCCGUCUUAUUCUUGACUUGGUUUAAUGUCACCAAUGUGAAGGCUAUGACAAAAAUGCAAAACGUGUUUAUGAUCGGCAAAAUUGCCGCACUGAUUGUAAUCAUUUUUGCAGGAGUUUAUUCCAUAGCUCAAGGACAUACCAAAGGUUUUGAGAAUAUUUGGAAAAACACAACAACGGAACCUGGGAAAAUUGCAGUUGGCUUUUAUUCGGGGACAUUUGCAUAUUCAGGAUGGAAUGCACUAUGCUACAUUACAGAAGAGUUGAAAAGCCCCAACAAGAACCUUCCACGAGCAAUAUACAUUUCAAUGCCAAUUGUCACAUUAAUCUACGUAUUAACAAAUGUGGCAUAUUUUUCAGUACUUUCACCGCAUGACAUUCAUGCCUCGGACGCAAUAGCAGUGACUUUUGGAAACAAAGUCCAACUUUUAAGACAAAUCAAAUGGAUGAUUCCAUUAUUUGUCGCAAUGUCCAGUUUUGGCUGUCUAUCUGUUCAUAUAAUGUCAGCCUCAAGAAUCCUAUUUGCUGGAGCCCGUAACGGUCACUUCCCAGGCAUGCUUUCACUCAUUCAAAUGAAUCAACUUUCACCAGUUUCCUCAUUGAUUUUUAUGGGGGGUUUAAGUGUCGUCUAUCUGAGCAUUCCCGACGUCUUUGUCCUCAUUACCUUUGCAACAUUCAUAUUCAGCUUGGUUUCGCUCGUAGUGGUCAUUGCAAUGUUGUACCUUCGGUGGAAACAACCCGAGCUGCCUCGACCAAUUAAGGUCCACAUUUUAUAUCCACUAGGUUUCAUGGUGAUAUGCAUUUUCUUGACGGUAUUUCCAAUUUUUGUGCGACCCUACGAAGUGUUGAUUGGAUUGGCAAUAACAUUCUCAAGCAUUCCUGUGUACUUGAUGUUUUUUGUUCGAGAACAAAAUAACAAGUGGCUUGUUAAUAACACUUAUAAUGCUACCGUUGCAGCUCAAAAAUUAUUGUUAGCUGUGCCUGAGGAAGCUGAGGGAUGAUGCACUGACAUGAACUUUUAUAAAUAUAGACUGUGAAACUGGGAAAUUAUGGAGCUUUCUCUUUCUUAAAUUAAACACACUUGCCCUCAGAUUCGCCUUCAA